AUGGUAUUUAACGAUUUCCCCAACGGGGAAUUGAACCCCGGCCACGACGAGACUGAUAUAGUCAAAGAAACAUCUGAGGUUGUCAGCCAUAAUGAAAUUCAUUUUGAAGACAAAAAAUUGAAUGACAGCGUAGAAAAGGUAGAAAUGCCUGCUCAGAUAAGAGACUUAUUUCUUUCUAAAUCCGAUGCUGUAUUUGGUGUUGAAAGCAAUGAGUAUGCAGUAAGCAAUGAUCUUGACAACAAAGAAGAUGAGAGUGAUGCUGACAUGAGUGAUGAUGAAGAGUCAAGAAUUGCAAAAAAGACAUACGUGUACAAUUCCAUUGUUUCAUCAUUAAAAAUAUUUUUCCAUUGUCCCAAAUUUGAAAAUAGUAUUGAUUCUUGGAAUUAUGGUCCAAAGCCAUUUGAUGAGGUGAUACAUUCAUGUGGAGCCAUAUACCUUGCGAUCAACAACCUUCUGCACAACAUUAGAUUUAAGAAAGAAAAUGUGAUCCUUGUUGGAUUGAUGCCAGGGCCCAAGGAACCAAGCAUGUCUGAUAUCAACAAUUAUUUGAAGCCUUUAGUCAAUGAGCUAACAGAGCUGUAUACAGCCCUUCUCAUGGUUGCCUGUGAAAUACCUGCUGCAAGAAAAGUAUGUGGGUUCACAUCCCAUACUAGUACAAAUGCAUGUCACAAAUGCACUGCCAAGAGAAUGAUAGAGAGAUGGGUUGCAGAUGGGAUAAUUGAUAAUAAAAAACUUGUUGCCAUGCAAAAGGCAGUUGAGAAGAUAGUGUUGCCGCCUGAUUACACGUCACUUGGGACAAAGAUUGCAAAGGGGUUUCCCUAUAUGAAAGCCAAUGAGUGA